GAGACUCUGGGACAGCAGGAUCGAAACCACGAUGCAGCUGCUGUUCUUGAUCUCCCUGCUUGCAGCAGGCGCCCAUGGCGACGUACUGUUCGCGUCUCCUGGCUCCCUGGCUGCGGGAACAGCCUCCAUAGCCAACACAGAUUACGAUUCAAACCCGCAGUAUUCAUUCACGUACCGCGUGACAGACGUCGAGACGGGAGACUCGAAGGCGCAGGAAGAGACGCGGAAGGGCGACACCGUGGAAGGUAGCUACGUUAUAUUGGAGCCUGACGGGUGGACGCGCACAGUGCGCUACUUCUCCGAUCCCGUCAACGGUUUCAACGCCAUCGUGGAGCGGAACCGCGCAAAGGGUCCCAUUGUCUCUGGGUUUCCGUCGUCGAAACGGCCAACACACACCACUACGCCCAAACCAGCGACCACUGCCAGGCCAGUUGCGCCGUCAUUCUUCAGUCAGGCGUCCUCGGACGCGAAAGCGACGAAGCUGCUACUUCCAGAUCCCAGCAGUAACUUGAUACACACCUCGUUCACGGCCCCACAUGCGUCGUACAGCUACUGACGUUCUGCGUGAUAUUGUGGCUGCCGCCUUUACGGUCUACAUUUCCACUCAAAACAAUUCGCUGUCCUAUGUUGAUUUAACCUUCUGUUAUUUAACACCGCAGGUUCUUUAUACGCAUAAAGAUAUGGUGUGAGAGUGAGGUCAGGUGACAGGAAGGGUCGUGUGCUUCUUUACAAUGCUUGGUAGCGGCUUCUAACGGUAGAUGUUCCUCUGCUCCCGGG